UAUCUUUUUCACCACACGGAUCGGUAGUUGGCUGCACAGUGUAGGGCAUAGCCGGUUGUGCGUUCUUGGAGAUUACUGGAAAAAUACUGGACAACACCUGGAUAAACGUUUCCAAUUUCGUAUUAGAACAACUCGCCCGCCUCUGACUAAUCAAAGAUCAACAUUGGUCGACAUGUUGGUAGAUUCCUUUAAGCAAGCACAGACCUAAACGUUUGCCAAACCCCUAACACAGUUGGCCAUAGCUUUUCAUGGAUUCUGGAUAGCCGUCUAAUUUUUUAAGAUUUAUGAAGAUGAGCACUCAUAAAUUGGCCUUGUGUAAAAUCAAGAUGUUAAAGUUAUUACGGACGUCGGCUGUACAGACCGGAUUAAUUCAGUUUAAUGCCUGCUCUUCGGGAGUUCGUAAACUGUCCUCUAUUCCUGCGACAAGUCCGAAAGUGUGCAUAGUAGGAGGAGGUCCUGCUGGCUUCUAUACAGCACAACACCUCUUGAAGGCCCGACCAGACGUACAGGUGGACAUAUACGAGCGUCUGCCGGUGCCGUUUGGUCUGGUCCGGUUUGGCGUGGCGCCAGACCACCCCGAGGUCAAGAACAUAAUCAACACCUUCACACAAACAGCUCAACACGCCCGGUGUAGUUUCCAUGGCAACGUGAGUGUGGGGAAGGACGUAAGCGUGGAGGAGCUCCAGAGGGCCUACCAUGCUGUGGUGCUGAGCUAUGGUGCAGAUGGGAACAGGAGAAUGGGUGUACCAGGUGAAGACUUGGCUGGUGUGUACUCUGCCAAAGACUUUGUAGGCUGGUACAACGGGUUGCCUAGAAACAAAGAGCUGAAGCCAGACCUGAGCUGUGACACGGCUGUGAUUCUGGGCCAGGGCAAUGUGGCCCUGGAUGUAGCGAGGAUCCUGCUGUCUCCUCUGGAGAUCUUAAAGAAGACGGACAUCACGGAGCUGGCGCUGGCCACUCUGGCGGAGAGCAGGGUGCGGAGGGUGCUCAUCGUGGGCAGGAGAGGUCCCCUGCAGGUGGCCUGCACCAUCAAGGAACUGAGAGAGAUGGUGAACCUGCCUGGCACCAGACCAGAGAUGAUUCAGGCUGACUUCAAUGGCAUUGAAGAGGCUCUGAAAGCUCUGCCGAGGCCCAGGAAGCGUCUGACGGAGUUACUGGUGAAGGCAGCGCUGGAGGUCCCUGGAGAGAAGGAGCAGGAGAGGAGGAGACUAGCAUCCCGCUCCUGGGCCUUCCGCUUCCUGCGCAGCCCGCUGGAGGUCCUGCCCUCCGCUGACCUCACCAGGGCCGCUGGCCUCCGAUUGGCUGUCAACAGACUGGAGGGAUCGGGUGAUGGUGCGUGGGCCGUGACCACAGGCGAGGUGGAGGAUGUAGCCUGUGGCCUGGUCAUUAGCAGCAUUGGCUACAAGAGCCUUCCCAUCGACACAUCGGUGCCCUUUGACCCCAGCAAGGCCAUCAUCCCCAACACUAUGGGCCGUGUGCAGCAGGCAGCAGGUCUGUAUUGCAGCGGCUGGGUGAAGAGAGGUCCCACUGGGGUCAUAGCCACCACCAUGAACGACAGCUUUGACACGGCCCGGACACUCCUGCAAGACCUGGAUUCUGGAGCCCUGGACCUCCUCACAGCCAAGACCGGCUCCCAGGAGGUGGCUGCCCUGCUGGAGGAAAGAGGAGUGAAACCUGUUUUCUUCUCAGACUGGGAGAAAAUUAACAGCGAGGAGGUGAGGAGGGGGGAGGCCAGAGGAAAACCCAGGGAAAAAAUGCAGGACGUGGAGGAGAUGUUGCUGGUGGCCAGGACACAGGGGCCCAUUACACUGUAAUGGACAAUUCUGUUAGUAACAUUAUUUGUUCAUCUGUUUGCUUAUUAUGAGUUUUGUGUUGUCAUGUCAUGACCCACUCUAGGGCAGACAGGAAAUACAAGAGGGACUGUUUUUCCAGGUAGUGAACUGGGGGUUUAUAACAGGACAGAAAGAGGAAGGCAGUUUCAUUACCUGCAGCUGCUUAAUGAUUCAACAGAUAGAAAACGACUUAUGGUGCCUUUGAAAUAUGCGCGCUUGAGAGAUGUGGGUUAUCAAAAGCCGUCAGACGCACUGCCUUUAAAUGCGCACGGUUUCCGAACCUAUACUGCAGAUGGUUUUGAUUAAUAGUUGUUUAAGAAAUACUUAUGCAAAAUACAUUUAAUUGUUUAGAGCCGAUAAUCAGAUUUCCAUGAGACACACAGUUGGAAUAAGCUGCUUGAUGUGGUAGACACAGGAGUCUAGUUGCCAGAAAUUGACACACACACACACUUGGACCACACCUUUGUCCAGCUUUAACUCUCCCUCCGUCACAGAUAUCCCUGAGGCUGACUCCUGCUGUACUGGUGCCUGUGUUGGUUGGUAAUGUUGUACAAAUGACAAACGUGGCUCAGCUGAUCACGACUGAACAUGAAAUUGAUGCAUUUUCAAAUCGUUAUUUUGUUUAGUCAAUAAAUGAGUCAAAGAAAAUGUGAUAACUUGAAAAUAUUGAUUCCAAA